AUGGAUAAACGGCAGGAGACUUUUGAGGCUACCACCAGGCUAUUGCUUGGCAAGUUUCCAAGGGAGCGAGACAACAAAUAUGACGACGAAGAAUGGAUUUUGUACGAAAUGUAUAUCCCGCAAGUCAUAGCACUCGCCAAGAAUUACAUGGACUCCAUCACGAAGCCAAAUCCUCUCAGAGCUAAUAUGGACUUUGUCAAUCUUCUUGUUAAUGCCGCAAAGUAUGCAGCAACCCCCUUCUGAUUGCUAAGCGAAGUUGACCGUUAGACAGUGGCAUACAUGACAACGAUACAACCGAUCCAGUGGUUGGGUUACUGGAAACUGCUGAUAUGGCCUAUAAGCAAUGUCCAGAGGACGAGCGCGACAAACUCAUCUGGGCACACUUGCAAUCGUUGAAGUGCAUGUAUCACUUCUGUACUUCUGAGUUUUCAAGAUCUGAGACAGAGAUGACUGAAUGUCUCAGUAUCCGCAAGCAGUUACUUACAUCUGAGGACCUACUCCUGUCUCUUUCCUACAGCUGGCUUGGCAUGGCAGUCGGUGCUCAAGAGCGCUAUGAUGAAAGCCUCAAUCUGCUACUUCAAGCCGGUAAAAUUCUUGAGGGACCAGCCGGUGUGAUACCCACCAGAAAGAUGGUCUGGAGAUUCAAUAUCUCCAGGAACUACUACUGUAUGAGCAGAUUUGAGGAAGCAGAGGCUCUCCUGACUGAAGCUAUCGCGGCCGCAGAGGAGCUGGGAGGCUGGUAUCAGCUGGUUUAGUACGGUAUUCCCGCUGGUACCCACGAAGUUCAGAUCAGUUAACAUUCAUCAGUGCCCAUCUCACCUUCGCUCCGCUUCGAACAAGAAUGAGCCUAAUUGAUGAUGCGAAAUGUCACGUUGAUAAAGCCAAGAAUAUUCUGCAGACUUCGGGACUCUCUGCUCGUUUCAGUUGGCUAAGCUCAUACUGUGCAUAUCGCGCUGGUGAUAUAGCUCUGAAGCAAGGCCGCGUUAAAGAUGCCAUGUGAGAAUCCGUGUAUCUUUUCACCUCGCCCCCACGCCUACUAACUAUGGAAUCCAGCGAAGAAACUGAGGCAGCAGCAGCUAUUGGGAAGCUCGUAAAAGUUCCAAUUGGUAUUCUUUGCCGAUGUAUCCACGCCCGCUCGAACGCUUUGGCAAUGGAUCCAUCUCGACAAGAAGAAGCCGAGCAUCAACGACAGGAAGCGAGACGCGUGCGAGCGCAGAUACCAGGGGAUUAUGGAGACUUGGACGAUGAGAGCGAUCAGGCAUUUGAAAGACUCGUGAAAAUGGAUCAUCGUUAG